AAUUUAUGUAACAAAGCAUUAAGAAAUCAAAAAUUGAUCCAUAAUAGUUAAGCACGCUCACAUCGAAAGUUCCUAACGCUUACGUUUGAUAGUUCAUAACCCGGCACGGAACGUUUUCAGCCGUCAAUUAUGGCAACGCUUCGCUGUUCACUAAGCCUUAAUACAUCAGCGCAUCUCAGGAAGCGGGACCUUCGCACGGUGUCGGCAGCGAGAGGCGUUUGCGUGCGGGCUUCUGCGCCGGAACAGGAGUCACCGGUGGCUUCGGCUGAGCUCCAGUACAACCGGGUGCUGCUUACAAUCCUAGACGCAAAUCCCUUCCUUAGCGAUGGGUCCCGCACGGCUGUGGCGACGGCGGCACUCCUAGCUCGUCAGCACCAGUCCAAGGUCACGGUUCUUGUCGUGGAUGAACCCGGUACAGAGAACACGGACCCCAGUCGCCGUCUGGAGAGCAUUUCCUGGCACCUGAAGGACCGAGGCUGCGAGAACUUCGAGGUUGUGGAGCGAGCCAUCACGUCUCCCGCGUCGGUGCUGGUUGGUGACGUGGCUGACGAGAUCUCGGCCGACAUGGUGGUGCUGUCCAGUGAGGCAGUUCACGCCAAACACGUGGACGCCAACCAGCUGGCGGAGUUCGUGAGCUGCCCGGUGCUGCUGCUGCCUUGAAAAUAUCUGAGCUCGUCGUCGUCAGCCAGGGCUCGGAGAGUCAGGUCGUUUUGGGGUGAAGGCGGUAAUGGGGAGAUGGGGAUACUCAGCGCGGGAUGGGCGCCCAGGUGGAGGGAACGGCGUGCGGCUGCAGAGUACGGCACACUUAUUAUGAUCUUACUUCUCGAAAGAGAGUCGACAGGAUAGGUAGGAUCGCUUUUGCGUUGGUUGUGACGCCAGCGGACGCCGCCGGGGCAGUAGCGCUAUGUAUUGGAGCUAGGAAAGGAAGGUCGGGAACGAUGGCAGGAGCAGAGUAGGUGCUAAGCUCGUGUUGCUGAAGAGUACAGUAGUUGGUGAAUGCGGUUGCAGUAUGGUGGAAAGGAGUGGUGGUCAUGAUUGCUGCCAAACCCCAAUCCUCGGGGUUGUACACGAAACGUCAAAUUGCUGACUUAUAUCAGGUGGCGCGUGUGAAGAUCGAGCCGGUUUGCAAGGAUAUGGCAGAUCGCCUCCUGACUGUGUUGGAUGUUAAGGAAAGCAGCGCCGGUGGUCUUUUUUGCCGAUUGAGGUACUGGCUUUUUCCUUAAGUCGUCUUAUAUCGCAGUGUUGUGUCCGUGUCCGCUUGCUUCCUACAAGUGAUGUAUGUGUUGUGCAGGAGAAAUGUUAUUAAACCUGGGUGUCACCAGGUAAAACGCUUGGGCGGUUGUGUGUAUGGUAGUAUGAUGUUGCAGAUGCAGAGGUGUCGUACAGAGCAUAUAACUAGCAAGUGCCUCGGGAAGUUUUGCUACUACUACAUAUAUCUGAUAAGGCAGCUGGACUUUGGCAGCAAAGCAUUUUCUACGAUCACUCUUCGUUUUCUGUUCGUGCUGCACUUUUUAUUACACUCUUGCGCGCCUUGGAGAGAUCGAGUGUAUCUCUCGCCAUCAGCAACAUGAUGAACCGGCGCCACUGCCAAGUAUUGGACAGGACGUGCAGCGUAUGUGAAUACCCCCAAGAUGGUGGUGGAGGUUCUAGCUCUUUAAGUUCUAGCUGCGCCGUCC